CCCAGGAGAGGGACGCAGAGCGUCGGAGGCCAAGGACACUGCAGGUGCAGACAGAGAGGCCAGGACAGGGCCAAGUGUCACAGUGGGAGCCCAAACACCAUUGGUCCAGCGGUUCCACAGGGUCCACGACGCCCCCCGGCCUGGCUCGGGCACCACCCCUGCUGCCAGGCCACCAUGGUCCUUGGCUGGCUGUGGCUGCCUCUGCUGCUACUGGCGACCACGCUGCCACAGGGCACGGCAGGCAUCAAGCACUGUUUCUUCUGCGAGCUGACUGACUCCUUGAUCUGCCCAGGCACCCGCAUGCACUGCGGGGACGAGGAGGACUGCUUCACGGGCCGCGGGGUGGCCCAGGGCAUGGGGCCUGUCAUCAACAAAGGCUGCGUGCGCACCACCAGCUGCGGCCGCGAGGAGCCCGUGAGUUACAUGGGCCUUACCUACACCCUCACCACCUCCUGCUGCUCCGGCCACCUGUGCAACCGAGGCAGUGGCCCCACAGGCCACCUGACAGUCACAGCCGCCACCAGCCUGGUGCUGGGCCUGCUACUGCUCCGACACCUGCUGUGAUCCCGGGCUUGGGACCGGCCUCGCCCCCACGCCACUUCCUCACCCGACCCUUUCUCCCCAUUAAAUGACCCUGGACAACC